ACUCUGCGGGCCGCUAGUGUGAAGAGGAGACGCGGGAGGGAGCCUGUGACGGAGGAUUGUGUUGGCUACAGCGGAGGAGCGGCCGGAGGGUUUUGUUGAGUAUCUCAGUGAAUCCUCGGCGAGUGCAAGAUGUCUGCCAUUAAAUACCUGGGAGGCCUUAAGGCGUAUUUGGCGAGGGGCGAAUGUGUUAACGAGAGCUCUGUGUUCCGCCUCCAUUACCAAUUCACGGUGGUUAUAUUGAUCGGGGCCUCCGUGCUGCUCACCGCCGCGGAAUUCUUCGGGAACCCCAUUGACUGCAUCACCAACCUGCCGCAGAACGUCAUAAACACCUACUGCUGGAUACACUCAACGUUCACUAUACAAGAUUACUUUUUACGAGAGAAGGGGAUAACGGUGGUCGAGCCAGGGGUGGGAGCUCCAGACCCCAACAUCCAAGAGGAAGAAUUAUUGGAAGACAAAUGGCGUUUCCACAACUAUUAUCAGUGGGUUGUCUUCUUCCUGUUCUUCCAGGCGGCUCUUUGCUACAUGCCAAAGUUCAUCUGGAACAACUUUGAGGGUGGACUCAUGCACACCAUUGCUGAGGGCCUCAACCCUGGACUCCACAAGGAGGAGGAAGUCUCAUCUCGCAAGAAAGUCAUCAUCGACUACAUUGUGAAACACAUUCGAAUGCACAAUGGAUAUGUGUUCAGGUACUGGUUCUGUGAGCUGCUGUGCUUCGUCAACAUUGUUGGUCAGCUCUUCCUCAUUGACAGGUUCCUGGGUGGAGAGUUCCUUACGUAUGGCCCAAGGGUUGUGCAGUACAGCGACAUGGAGCAGACUCAGCGUUAUGACCCAAUGAUCUACAUCUUCCCCCGUAUGACCAAGUGCACCUUCCACAAGUUUGGUCCCUCUGGCACUCUUGAGCGCCAUGAUGCCUUCUGUCUGCUGCCUCUCAACAUCCUCAACGAGAAGGUGUUUAUCACUAUCUGGUUCUGGUACGUCAUCUUGGCCACCCUGCUGGGAGGACUGCUGCUCUAUCGCAUCUCCCUCUUCACGCUCCCCGGCCUGCGUCCCCGAGCCAUGCACAAGCACAACAAGGCUGUCCCUAUUGAGACUGUGGAGGCCAUCGCCAACAAGACCUCUAUUGGCGACUGGUGGAUACUGUAUGUGCUGUCAACGAACAUCGAUCCGAUCAUUUACCGGGACAUCAUGAUGAAGCUCUCCAAGGAGAUAGAGACUGCCAACAGCAACAGCCCCUACAACAGCGGUGGACUCUACUCCUCGUCCUCCGUAUGAAUGCUGGAGGACAUGGACUGAGGGCUGUCAACCCCCAGCUGAAGGUGUAAAAGUCACGAGUGAAUAGACAGCUAGACAGUGUUAUGCUUUGCCCUUAUUUUAUUUUAAAUUAAAGAAAGCACAGGACAGUAUAUUUUGGAUACUAUUUUGUUUACCACUUAUUUUUUGGCAAUGGAGGACCUGAUGUGGGUACUGCUCAGAGUUGGGUGAGGGUUUUGUUCAUGCUCUAUCUUGAUGUGGCUUGAAAUCAAGUGUUCUUACAUGUUCAUGGCCAUAUUACAUUAGUAUUACAUGCAUCUUUAUCUGAUCACUUCUAAUGGCACCCUUGCUGGACGUAAUGACUUUAGCUUCCCAUAGUUAGCUGCCAGGCAAAGAAGUUGGGCAAAACAUGAAGAUGAUCUCAACCCAGGCUACAGGGGAGAGGGUUCUUAAUGUGCUGUGUUGUUACAGACUAAGUAGCUGCUUUGUGCCCACUGAGUUGCAAAGUUAGUCACUAAUAAAUUGUUAAUCAUUGAAUAUAAGCUACAGAACCUUGGCCAGUGGCAUAGUAUGACAUAGCGUGAAUUAUUUCAGUCUAAUUUUCCAAUUGUGAGGCCUCUCUUAGGCCACCAGUGUUGGUAAGUGGUCUCGGGUGUGAUGGCAACUAGCCGUGUCCUUCAGCUGAGCCGUGAAGAGAGCGGUCACCUUGUAUCAGUAUUGCAAGGCUGUUCCCUGCAUGCAGGCGAGCAGCUGCUGGUGUAUUAGGGUGACAGCAAUCAGUUUGUGUCUCAGAAAGUUUAUACUCUAGCUUGUAGACGACAUAUCUCCUUCCCUCUCAGACUACGGCUUACAUUGACAUUUCAUAUCCUUUUAUACAUGGAAAGGUUUUUUGGAUUUUAAGAUAUUUAUUUAUUAAAGAUUUGAAAGGAAAGCUUUAUAAGCUAUUCUUUAUGACCAAGAUUUGACUUUUGGUAUAAUGUGGAGUGCUGCUUGGUUCUACAGAUGUUUUAUCCGAUAGUUUUAAUGUAAUGGAUAAUGGAGACACAAUCAUGCAGUUUGAACAGAUUCUUUUGUUAUUUAUUUUGAUUGUAUAAAGUACUCUUAUGUCCUGAGUCAGCACAUUAUUGGCAUUUAAGUUAAAAAGGAACUUUUAUAAAUACCUAUAUUAAGCUCAGAUAAUCAUUGUAAGUGAUGCAAUAGCCAGUGCCUUGUGUUCAGCAGAGAGCAUUUUUACAUUACUCAAGAUGGGAUUUCCCAUUACUCAUUUACUAGAGUGCUGCUCUCUACACUGUCAUAUCAUAAGGCUCAGUCUUGUGAUGCUGAAUGACUUUGUAUGUUUUGUACCCUGUAUCUGUGUGAAAGGUGUUCAUAGUAGACAUACACUAGCAUUGUGACUGUUACCAGAUAUAUUUUUGUUUUGUUAUGUCUGGAUAGUGACUGGAACAAUGACUGACUCAUGAAUGACAUGCAUGUGACAAUGUUGCUAUUUAACUUUCCAACCUCUGGAUAACUUGCCUUUAUCAGUGCCAAUGAGUACAAGGCUACUCUUGGGACUCUAUUGGAUGGUCCUAACCUUGUAGUGCAAAAAUUUCAGUUGCUCUUAUUGUGGUGAAUAUUAUAAUGCUAUGGAAAGCAUUGAGGUUAUGUGUAAUUCGUAGUGAUUCUGUAUUUUAUAACUACAUUAAACACAUUUUUUUA